AUGAGGGAUGCAGUUAGUCAGUCCCGCUACAAUGUUACUAUACUAGCUUAUGGCCAAACAGGAAGUGGUAAAACCUAUUCAAUGGGUACAAAUUAUGUAGAAGAAGAAGAUAUGGGUGUUAUACCACGAGCAGUAUAUGAUAUAUUUAAUAUGAUUUCAUUAAAGGGUGAUUGGAGUUUUAAAAUUACAGUUUCAUUUAUGGAACUUUAUCAAGAACAAUUAUACGAUUUAUUGGUUGAUAAACAGCGAAGUUCAUCUGUUGUUGAUAUUAGAGAUGAUGGAAAAAACAUAAAAGUUGCUGGGGUUGUUGAAAAAGAAGUUACAAAUGCAGCAGAAACAUUAUACUGCUUAACACAAGGAUCUCUGCGUCGUGCAACAGGUGCUACAGCAAUGAAUGCACACAGUAGUAGAAGUCAUGCAAUAUUUACUUUAUGCAUAUAUCAACAAAAAAAAGGUGAUCCCAAUACAGCAACAACAUCAAAAUUUCAUCUAGUAGACUUAGCUGGAUCGGAGCGCAGUAAGAAAACACAAGCAACUGGUGAAAGAUUUAAGGAAGGAGUUAACAUAAACAAAGGUUUAUUAGCAUUAGGAAAUGUUAUAUCUCAAUUAGGAGAAGGUGGUUCUAUGUCCUAUGUUGGAUAUCGAGAUAGCAAACUUACAAGAUUGUUGCAAGAUUCUCUUGGUGGUAAUUCUAUGACACUGAUGAUAGCAUGUGUUAGUCCAGCAGAUUACAAUUUAGAUGAAACAUUAAGUACAUUAAGAUAUGCAGACAGAGCACGUAAAAUAAAAAAUAAACCUAUGGUAAAUCAAGAUCCAAAGAUAUCGGAAAUAAAUCGAUUGAACAAGUUAGUACAAGAAUUGAAACUUACUUUGGUGGAUCAAGAACUGAGGACCUCUUGUCCAAUUGAACAUCAAGAACUUGAUGUAAAGAAUCAAUCUUUGCAAAAGAAGAUGAGGGACUUGACAGAAAAACUAAAUAAUAAUUUAAUUGAAACUGUUGUUAUGCAUGAAAGGGCAGAACUAGCUGAACAAGCUAGAGAGAAAAUUCAAGCCGAUAUGGCGAAAAUAUUAGAAGAAUUUAAAGAACUCUUAGGUGUUUUUGAUAAAAAUUUUGAAAAAGAUAAUGAGUACUAUACAAAGUUAGAAGCUUUAUACUUAAAAAUUCUUAAUAUUCAAAACGAUCAGAAGAAAACAUCAGAAGAACUUAUAAAUUGUGAAAUAUCAUCUGAAAAUGCAAAACUAUUCACAACUAGUGAUAUAGAGGAAUCAGAACAUGCGUCUAUAGAUGAAUGUUCUGAAAGUCCAGAUAGUUUAGACGAUUUUGAUGAAAAACACGAAGAACAUACCUUACUUCAAGUUAAAAGGAACAAUGAAGUACAAAAUAUUAAUAAAGAACUCGCUAUUAAGGAAAGUCUUAUAUGUCAACUCUUAAAGAAUUCAUCUCAAAUAAUUGAUUAUUCAAAAGAGAUACAAGAAAUGGAGCAAGAGAUAAAACGACUUCAAACGGAAAGGGAAGAGCUUUUACAAGUGGUACAAAAUGUUCAAACGAGUAAUGCUAGUUCAAAACUUGCAGAAAGUAGACGGAAAAAGGUACAAGAAUUGGAAAAGAAAAUAACGGAAUUAAGACGUAAAGUAACAGAGCAAGAUAAAAUAGUUAAAAUGAAAGAGAAACAAGAUCAACAAAUAAAAAAUCUAUCAAACGAAAUGCAAUUAUUGAAACAAACAAGGGUUAAAUUAAUUAGACAAAUGCGCAAUGAAUCCGAUAAAUUUACAAAAUGGAAGGAAUCUAAGGAAAAGGAAGUGAAUAGAUUAAAGGAUCAAAAUAGAAAACAAAUAAACGAAGUAUCGCGUCUAAAAAUGUGGCAUAGUAAACAAGAAACCGUGUUUAAGAGAAAAAUGGCAGAAGCUUUUGCUGUCAAUAAAAGAUUGAAAGAAGCUCUUGAUUUACAAAAAAAAGCAAUAAUGAGGAAAGAAAAAAUGAAUAAUAAUGUUGAUAAAAUUCGAAGUUGGCUGAUUCAAGAAGUAGAAAUAUUAGUAAGCACUGUUGAUGCGGAAUAUUCUCUUGAAAAAUUAAUGCAAGAUAGAGCUUCAUUGACAUGUAUGCUAGAAAAAUUUCGAAACAGUGAUGACGCAGAUGAGAACAAAAUUGCUGAACUUACGGAAUUUAUAGAUUUACGUAAUACUCAAAUUACGGAUCUCCAACAAAAAAUAGUUGAAUCGGACCAAGAAAAUAGAACAUAUACAAGGUGGCAGAAAAUGCACACAAUGGAUGAUGCAAGAACUACUCUUAAAAUAUUAUUUAAGCAUAUUGCAGAAGACAGAAGAAAAGAAUGUGUAAAAGAAUCCGCGUACAAUGAACUUCUGGAGAAACAUGAAUUAUUACAAGCACAAUUGGAAGAGUAUCGCGCAAAAGAGAAAGAAAGACGCAUGUCGAAGCAACUUGCAAUAAAUAACACAUGUAGUGUUACAGAAUAUGAAGCUGAAGAAAACAUUAAGCUGGAGGAAGAUUCGAAGUCUUAUCAAGAAGAAUGCCAACAGCUGAAGAAAAUAGUUUUGAAAAAAACCAACAACAGCCAAAAUAAAUUAAAAUCAAAAGUUCCUGAAAGGGUAACGAGGGAAGAUGAAUGCUCUCCAACAGAUGACAGUAUUAUUGAAGAUGAUGAUGUCGAAAAAGAUCCGGAUUGGACAAACACGCCACUUUAUAAUCGCAUUCAAAAACUUUUGAAUGCAACAAAAGAUUAUUCGCUUGAUCGCGGAACAACGAAACGAACAUCUGAUGGAGAUAUAAAAUGUGGUUGUAAAACGAAAUGUUCGACACGCGUUUGUACAUGUCGUAAAAAUAAAAUUAUAUGUAGUAACUGUAGUUGUAAUCCAGAAAUUUGCCAAAACAAAGAUUUAAAGAACUUGAAUCGUACAUUAUUUUUGGAUUAUAAAGAGGAAGAUCAAGAAAACGAUGAAUCUAUAAAAAAGCCGAGGCAAACAAAUUUGAAGUAA